GAGAGAGAGAGCACAAGAGAGGAAGAGACAUCAACAGGGAAGUCAAUGGCGUGGUCUCUCACCAUGAAGGGGCGGCUAAACUUCACAACAUUAAAAAAAGAGAGGCGUUCAUGACUACCCUUCAGAUCUCUGGAUCAAUCACACACCAUCAGCACCACAACACUGGGUCAUGCCACACGCGAUGGGUGACCAGGACACCCCCAACGCGGGCGCCCACCCCAGAUCCUCAAAGACUCAAUCAGAAGGCAGCAGGGCACCCCGGUGGGCCAAUGGUGAGUGCAUCCUAGCGGUGCCUUGCUCCUCAUUGCUGAACCCCACGUUUGAUCUGUCAUCUUACAGGCCUCGGCUGGAGACGGCAGGCUUUCAGAUCCCAGUCCAAGACUUUGAGGCCGCCCUUCAGACAGCGCUGGGCUCAGUCUCUGUGCGGAGAUACCUCUUCUUCAACUCCGCCAUCUUCCAUUUCUUCAUGGCACCGGUGAUGUAUGUGGUGGUGUGGUGUGGGGUGUAUUCCACCCUACACCUGUACCUGAGUAUCUACCUCACCUCUUUCUGGAUCCUCUGCCUGUCCGUCAGCCUGGUGGCCAUCAUCAUCACCUCUGCCAUCAUCCUCAUCCUCAAUCACAGCAACAAACAGAUCAACAUCAACACAGACGUCAGGCUGAUCCAGGUGAACGAAAGGUUAAUGAAACACAACCUGCUGGUGGGCGUGGCAGACUGGGUGCACCACUGCACCGGGAUUUUACAGUUGUUCUGUGUGUACUGGGACCUCUCCCCUUGCCUCUCAGCGCUGACGGACACUCUGGAGGGGAUGAGUUUCGCCAGGCGUGAGCUGCAGUCCAAACUCCACAAAAACAUGUCCCACCUCAGCCUCGUCACAGAGGUCACACCCUUCGACUCUGAGGCCGGAUCAGCCAGUGAAGAGGGGUCUGAGGAAGAGAGGCCGCUGUUGGUAGAGAAUGAGGAGAGAGCACGCAGUACCACAACCAACCAGCGGGAGGAGACAAAACUCACCAAGGACUACAGCCUGGUGCCACACCACUCCCUCUCUGCCCAGGCCACAGCUCACCAGCUUUUACUGACGUACAGUGCAACCUAUGUGAGGCUCCUGGUGUCUGAGAGGCUCCCCCGCUCGUCACAGUGCCCCCUGUACUCUGGGAGGACUCAUUGCAGCACUGCCCCUCUCUGCCUCUGUCAGUACGUCCACAGAGGCGUGCUGAGAUAACCUAUAGGGUAGAGAGGGCAGGGACAGGGUGUGCACGAGACAAAA